UACCAAACGUUAGCAUAAUUACCUGACCAAAUGCUACAUUUUAGGGACGUAAUUAAACAAGCCAAACUUAUAAUUGUCUUCUUUUAAUAUGAAAAAACAAUACUUAAAAAAAUUAUACCCAUGUCCUUGCUUCAAAUAUAUAGUCAUCACCUCCCUUUAAACACACAAUAAAAUCAUGUCUUUGGUUAUGUUUUUUCCACUACUGUUGAUCAUUAAUUUUUCUUCUUUGUCCCCCUCACAUGGACUGGGACCACCAUCUAGUCCAAAGGGGCCGGGACCAGGUGCCUCCGGUUCUAAGGGACCAGGGUUAGGUCCCCCCGGUUUUAAAGGACCUGGACCAGCUUCCGAUCCUAAUACAAUAUACAAAUCCUUUCUCGAAUGUCUUCCGACACAAUCACCUCAACCCGACCCCUUAUUCCCUUCCAUAGUUUAUAGCUCCGCGGCCAACUCCUCUGCCUACACCAAAACUCUACAAGAUAAAAUAAAAAACCGUCGUUACAAUGUAACAUCCACACCUAGACCCGCCAUCAUCGUCACCCCUAUCAAAGAAUCCCACGUACAGGCUGUCGUCCUAUGCGCUAAGAAACUCGGUGUUCAAAUCAAGAUUCGCAGCGGUGGACAUGAUUAUGAAGCAGUCUCAUAUGUGUCAUCGGAAAAAAGUUUCAUGAUACUUGACAUGUUUAACUUUCGAGCAGUUGACGUUGAUAUCACAGCUGAAACCGCGGUUGUCCAAGUCGGAGCUCAGUUAGGUGAUCUCUAUUAUCGGAUUUGGGAAAAGAGCAAGGUGCAUGGGUUUCCUGCUGGUGCAUGCCCAACCGUCGGUGCUGGUGGACAUAUAAGUGGCGCUGGUUAUGGCACCAUGAUUCGAAAAUACGGUUUAACGGUUGAUCAUGUGAUAGACGCCAAAAUCGUCAAUGUUAACGGUAAGGUUUUGGAUCGGAAAGCAAUGGGCGAGGAUCUUUUCUGGGCCAUUCGUGGCGCUGGUGGCAGUAGUUUUUGUGUCAUAUUAUCUUUCACCGUGAAACUAGUUCCUGUGCCGAAGGUUACAACCGUUUUCCGAGUAGAGAAAACCAUGGAACAAAAUUUGACAGAUAUCAUUUUGAAAUGGCAGUCAGUUAUGCCGACAAUCGACCAUGAUUUGUUUAUCAGGCUUCUGUUACAGCCAAAGGAAGUGAAUAAAAAAAACACAGUUAGGGGAACAUUUAUGUCCCUUUUUCUAGGUGAUUCAAAUAGAUUAUUGGGGUUAAUGAGCAAAACGUUCCCCGAAUUAGGUUUAAAAAAAGAAGAUUGUUUUGAAGUAAGUUGGAUUCAGUCUGCACUUUAUUGGGCAAACUUUGAUUUCAACCAAACGAAGCCAGAGCUCCUCCUGGAUAGGCACACUGACAUAGUUAAAUUCUUGAAACGAAAGGCUGAUUACGUACAAACACCCAUUCCAAAGGCAGGGUUGACGGCUAUACUCAAUAAGUUGAUAGAAUUGGGAGAUGUUGGUCUUGUUUUCAACCCGUAUGGGGGGAGGAUGAAUGAAGUUCCGGCAAAUGCGACACCCAUGCCUCACCGUGCUGGAAACUUGUAUAAGAUUCAAUACUCGUUGAACUGGGAGGAAACCGAUCCCAAAGCUACAGAGAAAAACAUGAAUCAAUGCAAGGUUAUGUUUGAAUUCAUGACGAAUUAUGUGUCGAAGAAUCCUCGAGGUGCAUUUCUUAACUAUAGAGAUUUUGACAUCGGUGUGAAUUCAGGGGACGGGUUUAACUCCGGGAAGAUUUACGGGGAGAAGUAUUUCAAGGGGAACUUUGAGAGGUUGGUGAAGGUGAAGACGAGCGUUGAUCCUGAUAACUUCUUUAGAAAUGAACAAAGCAUUCCUACUCAGAACAAGAACAACAAAGGCAUGUCUAGUUAA